GUCAAAGUUUUUUGAACCAAUCUUCUUUUACGUACAUUUAUUAUGUUUUUAUAGUUAAUAUUUGUUCUUCAAAUUGCUCUUCCUUAUCGCUCUAACCAGUGCUCGGUACCUGUGCCACAGUAAGGAGAUCCCAAUCGUUCAAGUGUCUCGAAAGCGCAGCUGUGAUUUUCGAAGCGCGUGUCUACUCCGACGUUUGCAGAUUCAGCACCAAAAGUCAAUGUGAUUCUGCUUAAUAGGAGCACCAAUCUACAGUUUACGAUAUUCCAUACGGUGUAGAUUCAAGAAUACGUAAUAAUAGUGAAGCCGGAGGACAAAUAAAAUUCGUGAGUCACUCAAUUAUAUCUGGCUUUGCUACCGUGUUCGACGCGAGACUUCAAAGUGAUGCGCUGCGCGCCAAGCGCGAUAAGAACACGAAGAUAAUGUACGCAACCAAUUUGUUAGUAUACGGUAAUAAAUAAUCGCCUGCGCCAAGUCCCAAGCGAAAUCCAUAGCCACGGUCGCGUCGAUCAUCGGCACACCGAGGCUUAGCGCGGUGCUCGUGUAACAUCUCCACGCAAGCCAACUACAUCGUUAUCUCGCAAAGCCCGACAUAAGUGUUCGGCGCUGACUCACGCCAGACCAGCGAGCAAGCUAAUGCCAAGACCAAUUAAAAUUGGACGUUCCGCUAUAUGCCGUGCGAUCGUCCGUUUCAAUUCGAUUGUGUUCUUCAUGCCGAGCGAGUUUUGUCCCUUUGGUUGUUAAUCUCGCAAGUCAUUGAGGCAGAUUGCCUUAUCGUAUUUACGUUACGUUUCAUCGUCUCCGAUAAUUGACUGAAUCAGCUGCUCUGCUCAAAUAUUGUUUCAGCAUUGAACUUUACUCGGCGAGCAGUGCUCGCGCGUGUUCUCUCUUUCGCGUUCGCGAAUUUGAAUGGAUGACCGACGGUCACGGCCGCGUAGUGCAGCUCUUUCCAACGAUGUAUACCACACGAGUGUCGAGGGAGAAUAAUUAUAAAUUAGAACUUGUCCAGGUGGUAAGUAGCCAAUCGAAGUGACUUGGUCGUAGCUCGAACGCGUGUGUCAAAAUAAGACGCUUGUUCAGCUAUUCAGGCAUGGCGCUCGAACUCCCAUCUCCCACGAGCUGGACAGUUAUGACUAUUGCGACAAAUCAGCGUACAAAUCCUUGGGCCUUGGAGCACUAACAAACCUCACGGACGAAAAUGUCACUGCAACUUGUGCUCGCUGGACUUUAUUCGCCAACCGAUGAUCAAGUUUGGAACGAUCACUUGAAAUGGUCACCUAUGCCAUAUUUUUAUACCCCGCACGAACUGGAUAUAUUGCUGAGGUCAUUCGAUCGGCCAGAGUACUUGAAAAUCAUGGUAGAAACUCAUCGAUCUAAGGAGUUUCAGAAAAAGAUUGGCACAUUCUCAAAAUUCCUCGAGACACUUGGUCAAAUAACGGGAAUAAAUUUUGAAAACAACUUUUUAUGUAUUUUGAUGAUAUCUGGACUUAUAUUCUCAAACGAACAUAUGGGUCUUCCUCUGCCCGAUUGGUACACGCCGGAUGUCAAACGAACUUUCCGAGAAAUACGUCAAUGUUUCUUCGAUGGGUACGCGUUGACGACGGACAUGAAAAAAUUCGGCACGGGUCCAAUCAUCAAAACGUUCGUCGAGAACAUGAAUCUCGACGAGAAUAAAUUGAAUCCUCGGAAAAUUUAUUUAUAUAGUGCGCACGAUGACAAUGUAGCUUCCUUCGUUAGAGCUCACGAGAUUCGAGACUUUGCUUAUCCGGAAUUCGGAUGUAGCUUGAUCUUCGAAAAAUGGAGAGAUGCUAAUAAUAAAGUAGUAAUUAAGUCACUUGGAUGGACGCCAAACGACAAGCAUACCACGUUGAGACUGGGAGGUCACGACGAAUUCUGUCCCAUUGAUGAUUAUUUGAAAAUUGUACAGCCGGUGAUUCCAACUGACGAUGAGCUAGAUGAUUUUUUUCACGAUGCACGCUAUAAAGACUUGAAGAAAGUAUUAUUUGAUGAUUCUACAAUUAAAGAGUUACAUUAAGUACCUUACUUUUAGUAAUAACAGGUUAGUGAAACAAUUUGCACGGAUUUCAGACAGACAUGAUUCGGUAGUAGAGUGUAGAAGAGUCUACGACCCUUCAGCUUCUUUCAUUUUUCUCGUUUUAGUGACUAGAUAUAUUCGAUUAAACUAAUCCGAUUUUCACCACUCAGAAACGAGAAUGAUUAUUCUUUUAUGUAGAAGCGAUCGCUUCAUACUGAAUUUAAGAAAAAUUACCGAUUGCACUAGUUGUUAUUUGCAUACUUCUUAACUUAAAAAAUAAUGAAAUAAAUAGGCAUUUGUUCUCAUUUUUGAAUAAUAAAAAUCUUAAUAUUCUAUUCAAACUGUCUAUUUUUUGAGCUACAAUAUUUGAUAA